GAUCAUCAGUCUUCUCAGCAUGCACAAAGUGCCUGUGGAAGGAGCUGUGUGACCAGCCCCUGAUUUUCCUUUUAGAAAAGCAGUGUAUUAAUGGAAGGAAGGGCAAGCCAAAUUCUGUGCUUUUGGGACAAACCAAGUUAGUAAAUUUGGAUGAAAUAACAUCUGAUCACUUACUAAAAACUUAAAGAGUUUUUAAGAAGGCAGUUCAGGGAGAUACAAUAUUAGUGAGGUUAUACAAUUAUUGUUUUCUGUACUGUUCUUCUGCUUUACAACUACUUGUGUCCUCAUUUGAAAUUUGAAUUUGGGGUGGUAAAAUAAGCCAUAAAGGCCUUGCUUGGUGCUGUGUUUGGGGUCAGUGGCAGUGCAGUUUGUGGGGCUGGAGUGUGCUCAGUGCCUUGCAGGUUCUCUGCACCUCAGCAUGUCAUUGGAAAAAGGCACCUCUACCUAUUUGAUUCACUGAGUAGUCAGUGUAGUAGUAGUAGUCUCACUUAUUGUUGUGUCAGCUCUAUCUUUUACUUUAAACCAUCAAAUUAAAUACCAGUUUGUGCCGGCUUUCUGUUUUAGUCCGUGCGUUUAAAACCUGGAACUCAGAUAAAAAAGCUAAGUCUCAGAACAAAUUCCAUAUAUUAUUUAUGAGCGGGGCAACCACAUUAGCACGGGGUUCACCGUAGAUCAUAUCGCUUUCAUUCCACCUUACAAGCUUAGCGGCACAAACAGAAUAAUCAACAUAUUCUUUGGCUGUCAUCUGCUGCACAGAGAGCAGAGAUCACAGGGAGGUUUUUCCCUCGCUGCAGCGAUGGCCUUUUUUGUUCCAAGCCCCCAUCUGGGAGGGCCGUGGUGUGUUAUCAUAUGGAGCGCGGGGUUUGCUGUAAUCUGCUUAGCUGCGCCGCAGUUCGGAUCUCUAUUCCAUGUUUGUGUAAUUUAUAAUUUUAAUGAGACCACGGCUCUUGUGGGCUUUGAAAUAUAUUAAAAGCUCUUUUGUGCAUAUGCUUUUGUUCUUGCUUAAUAGGCUCAGUGUAUUUAAAACUGAUGAAUUUUUAUUCAUGGAUUUGGAUGUCUGGGGAUUAACUUAGACUGAAUAUCAUUGCACUCAUCUAUUUGAUGGUUCGAACUUUUUUUAUACUUGUAUCUUGCAAGUGGAGAAGACCCUACAGAACUUGUGUUUUAAACCAGCUCAGAAAUAACUAAUAAAAUUUUACUAGGCAACGAGAAAAAGUCCUGAUUACAGUUUAUUUUUACUGCAUAAACUCACAUGAAAUACAAUUCUGCUCUGAAAAAAAGUACUUGAAUCCAUGUAUGUGUGUGUAUUUAGAACUUUGUAACUAAAAGCACUCUGGGAAAGCCAUCAAAAUUUUGGUAGAGUAAUAGUAGUGACAGGCACUUGAUUUGCAUUUUUCUUCAGGUGAUGUGAAAAUGUAAAUACUGAGCACCUUUUUUUCUGACUGUUGGCUUUCUCCUGUUUUUUAACAGAAUUAUUAACAUAGAGUGUACAUAAGGUAUUUCAUUAGAAGGUGGUGCUCGAAACUGGGAGUUAUUGAUGAACAUACAGAGGAUUCUUCGUUACUGUUACAUUUUCUGACAGUGCUAAAUCUAUUCUUGUUUUUUGCUUUUGUAUUUUUUCAAAUGUUUUAUGGUUUUCCUAUAGUUUAAUUAUCUGCCAGCUUUGAUUUAGUGUUUAAGAUCCCAUACUGUGUGACUUCUGUGUUCGCAAACCACUGUGGAGUCCUCUGCAAUGAUGCCAUUCUGUCUGACCCCAGCACUGGGGAUAAGGUUGAGACAGUUGUUUCUUUCUAACCAGCCCUCCUGAUGGUGUCUCUGAUGUUUUUUUACAGUCAAACAAGAGGGGGAAUUACUUACCCCUCUUUUAUUCCCUGUUCUUAGUAGUAUUCCCAAAAAUACCUUCAUGUUUCUUCAAGGUGUGUCAGCACUGGAAGUGCAGAGGACGUGUGAGCCAAGGGCAACGUCGGGUUCUGUAGGGCUGUAGAUUUUAAGUGCCUAAUGUGAAAACUGGACUUGUAACUCCUUGUCUUAUUAAACUGAAUGAAUUUUCAAAGGCUGCAAGUCUGUGUCUCAACAAAGUGAAUAUAUUGAAGUUUAAGAUGAACAAGUGUAGCUCAGAAUACAGUUAUUUGACCCCUGUGACACAGGCAUGGGAUAUUUUCUCAGUUACCAGGAGGGUGUCUGUGAUGUCUGUCAGACCUUUGGUGUUCGUCCUAACUUUGACAUUGUUACAGAAAACUGUAAAUUGAAUGUUCCAUCAUCCCGGAGAGGCUCAGACCUGCCGUGUGUGACCACGCCUUUGCUCAGCUCUCUGGAUUUGUUGUUCAGCAAAGAUGGGUGUGUGGAGCUCCAGAGGAAGAGAGAAGCCCUGGGAUGCAUCUGGCCACUAACACAGCGUUUUAUACAGGGGUUGGGGGAUUGUUAGGAGUUGCUUCCCAAAGGUAAAUAGAACCAGUGAGAACUGCUUGAAAUCCGCUUUGAAAAAUUGCUCAUUCUUACGUAGGCACUGUCUGGUUAUUUAACACCAGAGAAUUGUGCUAUGGAAAUUCACAUUUACAGGAUUGAACUCCUUGUCAGUAGAUGGAGGAGCACUUGAUGGAGACAAACUGUUAGUGCCUAGUAGAGAUAAUGUGUGAAAAUAAUCUCUCCCAGAAUAUCAGCAAGCUUUUGCAGAUUUGCCAGACCUAAUCCAGCGUUUCCUCUAGAGUAACGCAACAGCUGGAAAUACAAAGCAAGUUCUGUCUGAUCUUCAGCACUGAAAGACCUCUUGAAAAUUAUUCCUUCUUUUGCUUUGAUGUUUGGAAUCCUCAGAUUGUAAUUAGAAUGUUGUAUUUAUUAUGUGUCUGAUAUGGGAAGAAUCCUGAUAAACAAUAUAUCCAUCCGUCACUAUUCUAGCACCUAGAACAUUAAUUUCAUGCAGAAGUUUUAAAAUAAUAGUUUAAUGUAAACAACAGCUCAAACAUAAAUAUUUGAAAGGCCCAGUCAGUGUGCAGUUUUUUUCUUUGGUUUGGGUUUUUGCAUUUUUUUUUAAAAGUAAUAAUCUCAGAGUAACUCAGUGAGAAAGAGAUGGUGCGAGUUAUGGGAUUGCCUGGUGUAGAGAAAGGUGUCUGGUAAGAAGUGGAGAAUGUUAGGAGGAGAGUUUGUUAUCUAAGGAAAAACUGAUAAACUGUCACUAAAUAUGCAGUGAAAUUCCAGAAUUGGGAAGUGUUACAUAAAGCAAAUGUGACUGGACAUUUUUUAUGAAAGGGAAAAAUCCAUUUAGUAUCAAGUCCAAGAAUUUGUUUAACCGCACUUCCAGUGCCUGCAACUUCGAUUUUCCUGUAUUUAAAAAUUUGGCACCAUAUGUUAAACUGCCUUACACAGUGCCACUGGUUUUCUGGAAAUGAUAAAUCUGCUCAUUGAUUUCCUAAUUUUAUUAUGUACACAGUUCAUUGUAAUCCAAGAUUACAGCAAACAAGAUGGUAAUUUCUGGACAACCUGCGUGCGUUUCCCUCGGAGCGUGAGCGUCACAGAAGCAAAGAGUACAAAGAGAAUACCAUUUGUGCUAUCCUCACAGGAGCUGUCAAUAAAAGAUGUAAUAGGGGAUUUAGGAAUCUGGAAAUGGCCAACUAAUUUAUGUGAAUCUAUUUUAUUUCAGCUAGAAAGCCCGAGCUCUGUUUCGUCUGCACUGCAUAUUGCAGAGCACAGGCUGUCUAUAGAAAACCAGGCGGCUGCAUAUGGAUAGUCCCUUGAUAUCAUUCACUUGCUGUGUAAUCUUAUUAUGCAAAGUUCUAAUCUUCACCUAGAAUGAAUGCCUCUGGGUCAGAAUAUAGUCAUAUCAGGGUUUUUGAGGUCAUGUUUUGUGAUCCUUAGCUUAUUCUUCUAAGUAGAGCUGGGAUUUAAAGAGUAUUCCCCAGACACUAGCAGAGAUAGGCGGCAAAACCUGCUGCCUUUUUGGAAGACAAGACCAACAUGAGGUCCCUGGUAGGAUUAAACUUGAUUUGUAGCUGUAGGAUUUUUUAACAGAUGUAUUAUUGGACAGGGAAUAGGGGGCCACCAGCACAGCGAAAUUGGAUCACGAUUGGCAUUCUCAGGGAGUCCGCUGGCUGCUAAAACAGCAGCUGCAUGUGGAUUUGACUUCUUUCAGGUGAAGCGACUUCCAGUCAUUUGGAAAGGAUGGGAUGAAAAGGAACCUUGGUGAUAAUUUUGAUGUCUGCAAGAUUUAGUACCAAUGUAAUGGGAUUAUCGGUAACACCUUCACUGCAGAAAAAGCCACCUGGCGCUAUAACUGGCAGCGACUGAGAACUAAUCCUUUCCCAUCUCUUGGAUGUCAUUCAUGAGGCUCAAAGUGAUUUCUGCCCUGCUAACUGUGAUUAAUUUUAUAAACAAACAAACAAAAAAACCAAAUGAUGAAAGCACGGGCUAUGUAAGGGAAAAGGGAACAGAAGACAAUAGUAAUUGCAUUUUGCAUUUUAUUUGCUGCGGGGGAUAAACUAUACUGUUCUAAUAAAAUAACCAAAUUGUGUUCUCUGUGAUAAAUAUGGAGUGUAAUCUUUUUUUAAUCAAUGUCUAUGUUCAGCAUAAAACCAGUAUCUCUUCCAGUAUAAAUUUUUCAGCUACCUGCUAUAGGAUAGUAGGUAGUACCUGGAAGUAAUUACAAUAGGUUUUAGGUCACUAGUUCUGUGAUAAGGAUGUUUAUCCAACUGAUCCAUUAAGUUUUCAAGGGGCCUGUGACUUAAAUAAUUUGUUUUAUUGUGCUUAAUGGUCUUAUGCUCAAUCUGGUGGAGUUGCCUGCUGAUGGCACUUUGUGUGAAAACUGUGAUGUGGAAAAACGUUCAGCUGUUUUCCUUCUUGUGGUCAAACAGUAUGGUACUGUUUCAAAAAUGGACUGAUACAAAGUUUGCAGAGGAAACAGUUAUAUUUUCAUGAUGCUUAAGAUAAUUUUUUGGGGGUAUUUUUGGUUUUUUUUUUUUUAAUAAACUAGUUUGUUGUGGUGGGUUUUUUUUACUGGGCUUUCUCUUGCUGCAACAUUCACUUAUUAACUAGAAGCCGUUACUUAAAACUCCAGGGAAGCUUUCAGGAUUGUAGUUAUUCUGUGGAAUGACGUCUGAAGAUGAACCUUAACAUUCAAAACACCCUCCCAUCCUCUGCAGUUACCUUGUCAGGGUCAGACUGUAUGUAAUUAUGUAUAUACGUGCCUCAAUUUGAAAUUAACUUUCUCGAGUAGUGAUCAAAAGCCUUACAUAAAAGCUGAGAAUUUUUUAUCAUUGAAAUGAAAUCUGAUAAGCCUGAACAUUUAAAAAAAAACCCCCUUUGUACCACAUUUACAAACGGACAAAAUUCCUUUUUACCUGUAAUAUCCACAGGUGCCUGAACUCUGUACAGUUUCAGUUUGUGAAUAUAAGGUUUCUGAGUAGCUUGGAGCAAAAAUACAGGAUGGCUGUGCAGUAUUUCUGUGUCUGAACUGAGAAGCAGUGUGGGGCUGCCUCUCUAGCACCUGCUGUUAGGAAGUAUCGAUGAUGGACUUCUCUCAAAGCAUAGCUGUGGUCAUAAAUUCACACUGGUUGUGCAAUUCCAAUUGAUCUGCUGUCACUCCACCUUCCUUUUCUCACCUGUAACAUGUUUCUAGUAAGAGUUAUGCAAAUAAAGCUGUGCCCUUUUAAAUUCCUGUCUUUGAUUAGUGAAACGUCAUGAAAUAUAGAAGGGGAUGUCUUUACUUCAUUAUUAAAUGGAGCAUAUUGCCACCAGAAUUAUCAGAUAUCCUAACUUUUUCUAGGAUAGCCUUACUCAGGCGAGCCAUUCAAGACUCCAUUAUCCUUACUUUGUCUAGUUCUUCAAGCUUUUUUUCACCGGAUUGAUUUUCAGGUUGGUUUUGUUGACUGUUUGAUUACUCCAGUUUUCUGUGAAUGUAGUUUCAGUUGCUUGAGUCGCUUCAGGUGGUUUGGUGCUUUAAAAAAACCAGCAAUCUAAGUUUCACUGUCUUCACAUGAUUAAAACAACUCCAUGAGGUGUUAUUUAACAAAUAACUGCAUCUGAGUCACAAUAUACCCAGCUGAAUGUACCAAGCUGGUGAGAGGGGUCCGUCGACUCUUCCUGUGGAAGGGCGCGCGUGGCAAAUGAAAAACCUCUUGAUGGCACUUGAGCUUCGGCUGCAUUCACCUCUUCAGAUACAUCUGAUCAUCUGCUGGUGUUAUUACACUGUUCUCUCGAUGCUCCUGUUCGAUGCACGAGGUGGGUCUGUAAAUGUCCAGAUGGCUCGUCCCCAGGUGACUGACGCUGCUCUGGUCCCCCGCAGGCCGGGCCCAGCUGACCGGCGGGACGCUGGAGGAUGCUCCGCGAUGCCCUAGGGAGAACCUGCCGCUUCCUGGGCUACACUGUGCAGUAUGGCUGCAUAGCACACUGUGCCUUCGAGUACCUCGGAGGGAUUGUCGUGUGUUCUGGACCUUCAAUGGAACCAACCAUUCAAAAUUCUGAUAUUGUGUUUUCGGAGAACCUGAGCCGCCACUUUUACUGCAUCCGAAAAGGAGAUAUUGUGAUUGUGAAAAGCCCAAAUGACCCCAAAUCAAAUAUCUGUAAAAGAGUAAUUGGCUUGGAAGGGGAUAAAGUCUGCACAAGCAACCCUUCAGAUUUCCUCAAGAGUCACAGCUAUGUGCCUAAAGGACAUGUUUGGUUAGAAGGUGACAAUCUCAGGAAUUCCACGGAUUCCAGGUGCUACGGACCUGUUCCUUACGGACUGAUAAGAGGACGCAUUUGUCUUAAGCUUUGGCCUCUGAAUGACUUUGGAUUUCUCCGUGCAAGCCCCAACGGCCACAGAUUUCUUGAUGAUUAAAAGAUUUAAGUUACUCUUGCUGGUUUUCAUAAUAUUUUCUACUAAAAUGAAUGGAACUAUUUUUGUUUAGAAUAAACACAAAUAUUACUUGA